AUGUUCCACUGUCAAAAGUGUGCAAACCCUAUAAAACUAGAUGAUUCACUACUAAAUCUAAAUACUGUCCAAGUCAAUCUACUAAAGGAUAAGAGAGGUAGGAGGCUUACCGAUACUCAAGAUGAUGAAGAAGAAGACGAUCCAGACCCAUCUCAAUUCAUAACCCAAGAUAAAAUCGACCUAAUAAACUCAAUCAAUGAUCAAACUCCUAUAAUAUAUAACAAUGAUUUAGAAGAUCACCAUGAUAACAACUUGUCUUUAUCCACAUCCAUGACUUCUAAUUCGUUUGUCUUUGUAUCCGAUGGUGAACUGAUUGACGAUAAACAUGACGACGAUCAUGGUUUAAUAAGUAAUAGAUUGAGGACAUUGAACAAAGUAUUCGAAAUUUUAUCCAGUAAUAACGAUAUUGAUCAUCCUUUAUGUCAAGAUUGUUGCAAUUUAUUGAUAGAUAAUUACAAAUUGAAAUUUGAUCAAAGUCAAAAGGAGAAAGAUUACUACUUAAACUUCCUCAAGAAGUUAAGAGACCAGAAUGAAGUUCACGAUAAUGACAAUGAUGACAAGUUGGGGAAGGUACUCAAAGAAUAUGAGAACCUAAAAAACCAGCAAGAAGAAAAGCUUGAAGCUUUAAAGGUUCUAGAAGAUACCAAGGUAAAAUUAGACGAACAAUUGAAUAAACUAAAACAAGAAUUUGAAGAAUCUAAAAAUAAUGAUCUCGAUAGUAUUUUGACGCUAAGAAAUGAUUUAUCAUUAGAUUUUUCAACAAACAUGAACAAAUUGACUCAAGUUAAUAAUCAAUAUCAACAAAAACUCAAUCAUUUAGAUAAUUUAAGAAAUUUCAAUAUUUAUAAUGAGUUUUUCAAGAUAUCCUGUGACGAAAAGAAUAAAUUUGGGACCAUUAAUGGUUUCAGGUUGGGUUAUAAAGUCCCAUGGAGUGAGGUUAAUUCAGGUUUGGGUCAAAUUGUACUUUUAUUGUUGUUCCUCAUUAAAAGAUUACAAUUUAAACUCGUCAAUUAUAAAUUGAUUCCCAUGGGAUCCCAAUCACAGAUAAUCAAGAUCUCACAGGUGGAGGAUGAUAAAGCAAAAACGGUGUUGAAUCUCUAUUCUUCAAAUGAAUUCUCUGUAGGGAAAUUAUUCAAUUUCAAUAAGUUUGAUGUGUCCAUGAUUGCAUUAUUGGAUAUUAUUAGUCAAAUACAACAGAAGAUCAAAUUGAUAGAUGACGAAUUGGAACUUCCGUACAAAAUUUCAUCCAAGAAGGACACCAUAGGAGGUAAAAGUAUAAGGGUCACAUCAAACAGUGAAUGGACUGAUAGCUGUAAGUUUUUAUUAACCAAUUUGAAUUGGAUGUUGGCAUACACUUCCGUUCAUACUGAUUCUACCAGUGUUUGA